CGGGCGCUGUUGUUUGACAGAUUCCGUCGUUUGAUGAUUGAGCCAAUACGGUGAAUCACGCACUGCUGUGUAUUUCUUGUGGUAAGUAAGUUGCAAGUUAGCUGUUAAUUUAAAUUGAGGGACGCUGACUCGAACUGACGAUUGUUGUUUUAAAAAGUUUUAUAGGAGUAGUUUUUUGCCAACGGUUAUUUGUACUAAGGUGAAGUGUCUGACGCCUUUGAUGAAUAUCAUGAUCGAUUAUCUGUGAUCAACAUUAAUUACGGCAUCUUAGAAAUCUAAACUUUUCUCUCUCGCUUAACGAAACAAUUAGCACCAGGGCAAAACAAGAAAAAACAUUGCAUUCUUUUGCUAACUAAUACUUGCAACCCUUCCUGACGUUUACUUAGCGAUUCAUGAUUCAGACAAAUAAUCCGGUUAUUUAGUCCCAACUGGCGAAUCAGUGACCUCUGUCUUAUCUUAUUCAUGUAAUACCUCAAGCCUAUUUUGUUUUGUUCAUUGCCCUUACCUUGUCUUGGCUAAAUUUGAAACAUUUUCAUCACCUUUCUACAUUACCAGGACUGGUGAAAGAGGCCAAGUCGAGCUAAACGAAGUAUUUCAGACAUUUCUGUCCUUCAUUCUUCUUUUGGCUCAGGUUCUGGAUAAGCCGUGCAGCAACUGUCCUCUUUGUCAAGUGUUUCGGAAUUUUAUUUACGCUGUUUACAAGGGCAUUUGGCACAAAAUAUUAAAUCUAGUUGACAUUUAAUGCAAUAUACAUCAUUUCACGACUUCAUCACACUCAUUACAAAACGUUCAUUGGUUGUGUUUCAGUUAAUUUUUCUUGGGUAUGAUAAUGAGUUUGAAACAAAGGAAAAAUAAAAUUUAACAGCAAAUAAAAAUUAACUGCAACAUAUGCAUUCUUCUCCUCCAAAGCCUAGCGUGACCUUAUAUCGUUAUUUAUCCGAUUCAUCAUUGCUAAUCUUUACUGCUUGACAAAUAUUUACAGUAUCCUGUUAAUUAAGACAGCCAACUACAAUGCCGGAUCCAGACCCUUAGAUAAGGGGGGGGGGCGGUCUCCGAAAAAACCCUUAGACAAGGAGGGGGCGGUCUCCCAAAAAAAUGUUUUCGUCCCUUCGGGCCUCAGUUUGGUCUAAAAAUAAAGGGGGACCGGGCCUCCCAGGCCCCUCCCCUGGAUCCGUCACUGAACUAUCUGAACGCCUGGAACAGGCACCAGUGACUUUGAACAAAAUAAGAGACUGCUCGCAGUCUAGGCUACAUGUUUUGUUGGUUUCUGCUGAGUGCACUUGCACUAUAAAGACACCAGCCUUACCAUGUACUAUUUUCUUUUACGGAAUAAUAUUUGCCAUCUGACCAUCCCUUUCUGGGACAAGUAGUCGCUUAUUUUUCUCAGAGAUUGUAUCCAAUUACCCCAUUUUCCCCCAAGUCUUCUGCCACAAAAUCACAUGAUACACAUGAAAUUUUCAGAAUUACUUGUAUUUUCACAAUUCUUGCGAAAUUUGACAUACACUUCCUCGGACUCCCAUGAGAAAUUUUCUUUGGUGUUAUUACAGAUGACUAAUUACAUCUUUAGCCCUUGAAAAAUGCAAAAAAGAAUGCAAUGUGCUUUAAAUUAUUCUGGUACAAUGUUUUUGCCCACUGAAUAUUAAAAUUACUCAAUUUCCUGGUGGGUUCCGCUCGCCACCGAAUGCUUCCGCGGUUUGCUCCCAGCGAUUUUUUUUGUCUGGGAACUCAGACAUUAUUUUCUGUUGCAACUGAAGCCGGCGUGAUCUAGCAAAACCUCCUCGACAGUCUGGGCCACAUGGAGUCAUAUUUGUAUAUUUAAACUGAAAUCGAGUCGGUUUGCGCGCAGUUGUCACGCGACCUGAUGCUUAGUAUAUAGGGAGGGAGGAAGACUUAUAGAAGAGAGUGAGAGAGACCGAGAAUAACGCUUCGGAAUCAAGUAGAGUUACUGAUAAUAAAAUGUAUAAAUUGACCACUUUCAGACUGAAUACCUCAGCUAGCUAGUUUGACUUGUGGAGAAUCUGAAAUUUUUUCCUUUUUCGGUAUGUAAAACAACUUUUGCAGCUUUCUCAAUGUUUAGGUCAUCGUAAAAAAAUUAUCAGACCAAAAACCUACGCAAGUCUCGUCUGGCAGUACAACUAGGAAUUAAUAUUUUCCAAGAUACCCUGAGAAACUAAAACAAAAGUCAGCUGCGACAGUUUUUAAGAGCGACUGUCUGCAAAUAUCGACCAAAAUCGACUUUUUGUGGCACAAGUUCAAAAUUCAAAUUUCGCUCAUUUUGGGCUCAUCGAUAACCCUUAAUGAGUAAUGAAACAUGCUGUAGUUAGUUUUCCCAAAUAACGAGUUCUUUUGUUAAAAUUCGAGAAAACGCAUUUUGCCCGUUCAGAGCUUUAAAUCCACUUCCGGUAAAGCGAAGUUUUACACAAAUUCUAUUGACUCGUAUGUCAAACCACAACUAUUUGGCAGCCUUUGAAAAACACGAAUAGUUUUUAUGACCCUUUCUUUCUUAUAAGACGAUAAAUUUGUGAGAGUUGUAAUAAUUUUGUGGCCAAAAAGGUAUUGUUAAAAAUAGGCCCUAUUGACAAUUUCUACUGUUCAAAAUUAUAGGGUUAAAGUAAUGCAAAUUUUUCAAUGCGCUGUAACUUAGAAUUUCGCAAAUUGACUUUCUACGGCUUAACUCGGCCCCAAUCUAUUAGAAAAUCGAAACAAAUCUCUGGGCAAGUGAUUUUAAGUAGCCCGCAAGACCUCGAGUUCAACCCUAAUUUUGCGAAAAAUCGAGACAUUCCAGUGGUUAAAAAUAGCGUUACACGGCCGGCCCGUCACGCCAGCGGUGUUAACGACGGUUCUAUUUCUAUUCAACGCUGAUCACAUGCCAAAUUCCAGCAUACAAUCUAUAUUACAUCUUUCAACACACUUGUCUUAUUUAGAAGAUUCAGUUUGUUUGGAUACAAUAUAUAGUAUAGAAUUGCCAAAAAGUCGGCUUUUUUGAGCGACGUCGGCAGGACGUCACGACCGAGCCCAACGAAAACAGACUUUAAACAAGUACAGUGGUAUGUUUUAUUAAUUUAAGCAUCCGUCAAAAGGCAUAAAUACGUUAAAUUUAAGAAGGGGACAACCAAUAGUAACUAAUUAGAACACUUUUUUUCUUGCGAGUUUCUCUUUCAAGUAAUUAUGUAUAAGUACACAUGUACGUUCCGAUGUAUUACUAUCACGCUUAUGAAGGUACAUUGUAACGAACGUUUCAGAAAACAUUUUAACUCGUUUCGAUCGACGAUGAAAUACCAUCAUAAAGAACAAAACGGAAAAUAGAAAAAAAAAGUGGCGUUUUACUAAUGCUAAAGCAGGAAUAGUUGUAGCUUGAGUAUGAGCUUUUAAAAAUGUCAAAUCCUCCUAAAUGGACAUCUAUAGAUCCCUUGCAUCGGCAUUGAAAAAAACUCUCUGGCUCACUAUGAACUAGCCUGUUCCAGGCGUAAUGGAUAGUGGAUAGAGGAUAGUGGACAGUAGCGCGAAAUGGGGAACGGAGGAAAACAAACGUGCACGAGAGUAGGAGGACCUUUCGCCCUCUCUCCCAAACCCCGCCCUUCGCCAUUUUUUCUAGCCCACUUUUCUUUGUGUUUUCCCAACUACCUGUUACAGGUUAUCUACGUCCUUCAUUUCCAGAUUUUUAUGGCAUGUAUUCAACUUGAGCGUCGAGCACUUUUGACCCUUUGUUAUUGAUCAGCACGGGAAAAGCCUCCCACGCAAACGUUCUUAGGGACGAAGCCCUAAGAACGUCUGCGUGGGAGGCUAGCACGAGAACGGAUUUGGUAGUACUAACUUUUCAACUGCUUUUAGACUGCGAAACUGUCAUUUUUUUUCUUUUUUGUUUUCUUUCUUUUAUUUUUUCUUUUUCAGUUCUAUCGUAUUUUUUAGACGUAUUUUUCGCUUCUCUCCUUAGUCUCACUCACUCUCCCCCCUCCCUCCCCCACCCCAUAUGCUCCACACAAAAGGGGACGGCCAUUUUGUUUUGCUCCAGACCAUUCGUUUGACUAUUCCGCGUUCUUGGCUUACGCAAAAAGUACGGGCUGCUUUGUGGUCUGAAACAGACUCGUACCCAGUCGUUAUUUAUGUGUUUUGGAGGUGAGAGAGGAGUAGGUUGAGGCGCGCGCGGGGUCUCAUGGGAAGGGACGAAGGAAAAAUAGCUCGCGCGCCUCAACCUAAUCCCCACUCUUCUCUCACCCCCAAAACACAUAAAUAGCGACUGGGUACGAGUCUGGGUCUGAAAGACUUUGCACUGAUUGACGUUUUAGUGUCAUGGAAACUCUAGCCGUAAUUCCUGAGCCGCAGAUAACAGGUUAAAAGACUGAAAGUUGCUUUCAACAACGUUUGGAAAGAGAACAUCGUCUUUUCCGCAAAAAAGAAAAAUAACAAUAAAAAUACGGAAACAAAAUAGAGUAUAAUACUAAACCUAAGAAGAAUCUUGUAACGAACGAAUGGGAACACCUAAAAAGGAAAGACAGACUUGUGGACUUUCCUCAUCCUCCGUAGCCUUAGUUCAUGAAACUUAGACGCCCAAGAAGGCCUCCAAAACCGGCUUACCUUUGUGUUGUCCCAAAACCGAAUUAGACUAAGAGCCUUAGUCUGCUUUCCGUAAGUACCGUGUAGAUCUCCAGAAGAAUUGUUUGCAGCCAGCCCUCAAAAACCUCAAGACACGUCGCCUGCUGCUGGACAAUAUAUAGGAAGGCUAUUCCAAAGAACUGCACCAGAAAAACUAUUUUUCUUAACAUUUGUCUGGGGUAGAGGAAUAGCGAGGUUUCUGUGUCUCUUAAUUAGUUAUUAGAGAUAUUGCAACGAUGUGCCAUUGCUACGAUCUACUAUGCACUUAACAAGAUCCCUCAAGGUACCUAAGAUAUGUGACGCAUAGUCUGCGAUAGACCCGCCUCUCACCGCUCUUUGACGAAAUGUUCCCAUUGACAGAUAGCAAUGAGAGGAAGCUGUAUCGCAGGCUUUUGGACACAAGGCUUUUCUACUAUUUACAUGGGUAAACCGGUCGCUUCACGAUUUGGGCUAAUGGUGAGCAGAAUUCAGGACUGACGAAUUUUGAUUCCGUUCGGUAAUCGCGUUUACGAUUGCCUAAGUCAAUUUCGUUUAAUGAAAAACGGCCGCGAAAGCCUGAAACUAAUAUUCAAAAAAGGUUUGAAGACAUAAAAUCCGAAUUUCCGCCUGGAAGUUUCCAACCAGGAAAAUAGCCGAAUGCCUUUUCAGAAGUUCCGUUUCUUACAGGAAUUUUCCACUGAAACGUCGAACGCAACCCGAAACUGAGUUAAUGGCAAGCCCCACGUAGCGUUUUUUCAGUUUUGAGAGCCCGCAUGCGCAAGGGUAAAAUCUUCGAAAACAACUAUUGCACCAAUACUUUGUCGAAAAUAUUUUAAAACUCCUUCAAAGAAAUUAGUUUUUAUAAACCAAACGGCCUUGAUUGGCGGUGAUUUAAUUCGCAAAUAUCUCGCAAUGCAAAAAUUCAUUCAGUAAACAGUUUUAGGCUUUAGAUUUUGUUCUGUUUAUAUACCAUUUUGUGAGGGAAAUCGCCAGUCUGAAACUGAACAUGAAAGUGUGUGACGCUAUCCCAGGGAAGCUAUAUGUUGUAUCUGAAGAAAAUACUACAAUUAAUGAGAAUAAUAGUUUUACUGAAAGAUUUAAUUUCGAAUUGGCUUUUAAUCUGCCUUUAAGUAAAUUGUUUAAAGCGUAUCUAUCGGUAUCACUGGCGUGACGGGCAGUGUAACGCUAUUUUAAUUUAACCACUUGAAUGUCGCGAUUUUUCGCAAAAUUAAGGUUGAACUCGAGGUCUUGCGGGCUACUUAAAAUCACUUGCCCAGAGAUUUGUUUCAAUUUUCUUAUAGAUUGGGGCCUAUUUAAGCCGUAUAAAGUCAGCUUGCGAAAUUUUAAGUUAUAGCGCAUUGUAAAAAUUUGCAUUAUUUUAUCCCUAUAGUUUUGAAAGGUAGAAAUUGUCAAUAGGGCCUAUUUUUAACAAUACGUUUUUGGCCACAAAAUUAUUAUAGCUCUCACAAAUUUAUCGUCUUAUAAGAAAGAAAGGGUCAUAAAAACUGUUCGUGUUUUUCAAAGGCUGCCAAAUAGUUGUGGUUUGACAUACGAGUCAAUGGAAUUUGUGUAAAACUUCGCUUUACCGGAAGUGGAUUUGGAGCUCUGAACGGGCAAAAUGCAUUUUCUCGAAUUUUAACAAAAGAACUCGUUAUUUGGGAAAACUAACUAUAGCAUGUUUCAUUACGCAUUAAGGGUUAUCGAUGAGCCAAAAAUGAGCGAAAUCAAAUUUUGAACUUGUGCCGACCGUGGGUCGAUAUUUACGGAAAGCCGCUCUUAAUUAUCAGGAAGAGUAAAACUUAUAAUUUAGUAUCGUGUUGAAAAUAAGCUUGCCUUCCCGGGACAAAUAAAUAAAGUCGCUAUCAUUUAAUACCGGGUAUGAAAAAGUGCAACAUCUUUUAGACUUACAUAUAGGAUUGAAAUCCUUAUUGUAAUUCUAGUUCUUCUUAAUAACCAAGACAAGACGUCAGCUCUGGAAAUUAAACAAAAAAGAGUAGUGUUGCAUCCCAAUUUAUUUUCCUCACUUCUAUGCCUACGGAAUAUAUCUGUGACUGUGAGGACAAUUUUUUUUUAUCCAGACCUGCGCUUUUUCAACAAAUGAUAUAUGUUAAGCUUCCAACGGCUUUUCUCCUUAUUCAUUGCUCUCCGUGUGUCUAUUGCAGUAAUUUGCAGGCAUGGGCCUUACUAUUGACGAUGUGUUUGAAGAGAUCGGCAGCAUGGGCAGAUACCAGUACACUCUUGUGAUGGUCAUGGGUUUAAUGAAGAUGUUCGGGUACGCUUUCCAGGCCAUGAUCUCGACAUUUCUGAGUGCCGAACCUCCUUGGCGAUGCAAAGACAACAGCACUGUCUGCAAUCUCACGGGAAUCUUCAAACCAGGGGACGAUAAUUACGACUUUCGGUGCUCUAUUUCUCGCCAUGAUUGGGAGUUUGACACCAGUAAAUUCAACUCAGUCGUCUCUGAGGUAGUAAAAAAGUCUCUUUUAGUUUAUUGACAUCGCUGUAGUAACGUUCACUGGUUAUAAUCACAAGGACUUUUAUUUCUUGCUGGACAAUUAUCGUAAGUUAACCCGGUUGUUUAGUUAACCGCAGCAGGAUCAGCUAAGUCGGUAGAGCGCUUGAGUGCAGAGCGGGAGGUCGCGGGUUCGAUUCCCGGGACCGGACCAGAACUCAGGGUAGGUACUGCCUUUGCCCUGCAAAUGGUUAGACCUUCGCGUGGCUGGGAUGACCACGUGAAAUGGCAGUCCCGUUUCCAGUAGGAGACGUAAAGAUGAUACUGUCCCCAAUUAGUACUUUCGCGCUAAAUACGUUGACACUCAAAUAAAGUGCAUUAGUUCUCUUUCAUCCAAAUUAACCUAACUUUUAAAGUCAAAAUUAUGGCACAAGUUGCAGUUACGAAGGAGAGGAAUCCAGAAGUAAUCACUUGGGUGGUACGCUAGUACAUACGGAUAAUAUCAGCACUACUCGUAGCAUUGAUAAAAGUCGUUGUUUGCUGGUGCCAUUUUUGUUUUAUUCUUCUCCUUCCAAAGCAGUAUUUAUCCGGGCCGAGUUCCUAGAAAGAUGGUUAAGUUUAACCCAGGAUUUAGUGAAAUUUUAAGCACGGUUUUCUUGCUAAGAACCUGUAACUGAAGCUUACAAAAUGCUGUUCAGCCUUUACUCUGAGACACAGUAAUGAUUUACAUAAAAUGUUUCUCUAAGCAAUGCAUAGGAAGGUAAAUACAAAAAGUGGAUCAAAAUCUUAAUCCUGGAUUAGCUAGCGCUAAUCGGCCUUUCAGGAACUGGGCCCUGGUUUUUGUUUUGCCUGAGACAACUGUAGUGAUACGGAGACGAAUUAUUUCAAGACUAUAUUUAAGUUCAUAUUUUCCUUUUUCCUUUCUCAUUAGUGGGACUUAGUUUGCGACGUAUCAGCUCUAUCAAGUCUCACCCGAUCUGUUUUGUUCCUGGGGUUUUUGAUUGGCGUUCUUCUUGGAGGAUUCCUUUCUGACAAAUUCGGCCGCAGACUUCUGGUAUACAUACCGUGCUCCAUGUGUAACGUUUUGGCCUUACUUGCGUCGUUUGUCCACGUUUACUGGCUGUACGUUCUUCUCAGGGUUUUGGUUGGUGUCUUUGUAGGUAAGAAGGACUUGUUUCAAAUAGGGUCUGGAAAGGGAGGUCCUGAUCCCGCAUUCCCGCAUUUUCCCUCCGCUCCUUUUUUUUUUACGAGAAUCCCGCUUCCCGAACUUCCCACCCGUUUCACUCUUCGCUUGGCUCAUAAAGCGCCUGUUAUGCAGGCUGCUACUAUUUUCCCCAAGAGCUCUGCAUCACGCGCCCUCAUUUUGGCUUCCCACUUCCCGAGUAGUAGUCAAAUUCCGUAUUCCAUUUAACGUUUUCCGAAUCACGCACCGAAUUUUGGUCAUAUCUCGGAUCCAGGGAAUAGCCUCCAGACCAGGUUCAUGUACUUUGUUGUACGUUCCAUUGUUAUAAUAAUGAAUCGAUCUCUUCGGAGAAAAGCAUCGCCUCUUUUGAGAGAUGGAAGGCGUAUUGAGAAAAUCUGUGUAAUUCCUAAAGAGUUUAACUUAGGUUGAAGACGACACCAAAGACGUUAUCGUGAUAAUUCCUACUCGCUAUUUAUCAUUCAAAGGCUUUUUCGAAGCUUUGAUUGCCGGUCUAUCAAUCGUUAUAUAUACUCCACUUUCACAUACGUUCACAUGUAGUCUGCUCACACAUGGUCUUCUUACGUACAGAAGAGAAAGAAUUCUCUUCCUGCAUUUUCGCAGUCUGGUUUAUGUCUUCGGGAGACAAUGGUGGCUCAGCCUACCAAACCAAAUAAGCACGUUGAUUGAAUGAUUCAACCCACCCACUCAUGAUUGUGAUUCAUUGAAUUCAAUAUUUUAUUUGAUGAAAAUCGUCUCUGCCUUUGGCAUCGACCCAUAGAUGAUCAGCUCGCAAUUGGCAAAUUCUUAAAUCUCUCCAGUAAUUGCUUAUUUUCGCUAGGAUGUGGUACAUUAUGUGCCUACGUUUUGACGGUGGAGUUCGUCGGCAAGCGUCAUCGCCAUGCGGCGGGAACAGCGUUGUGGUUUUUCUGGCCUACUUCACUGAUGAUGAUGGCCUUGCUGGCUUAUCUCAUAAGGGACUGGCGCACUCUUAAUAUAGUCGGAGCGGCCCCAGGCCUUCUACAAAUCUUCCUUUGGUGGUAAGUAAACGUUUUUUACAAAAUUUACCGUGUCAAAAAGAAAGGGUAGUCCAGCUUUUUAAGACAAGAAAACAGGCGAACAGAGACGCAACGGCCACAAGCAAGUAGUAGACCAUGAAAUAAAUUGUAUUAUUGGGUGCAUUUACCCUAGGCGCAAGGGUAUUUUUCUCACGUUAGUGACGGGAUGAUUCAGUGUCAACCUGAAGCCGACGGAUAUUCGGCUAAAAAGUGAUGGCUGAGAGACCCCUGGUGGUAAGACGCCUGGAUAUAAGACCCCUUGAUAUAAGACCACUGGAUGUAAGACCCCUGGAUGUAAGACCACUGGUUGCAAGAACCCAGGUUAAAAGACGCCUUGUUGUAAGACCCCUGGUUGUAAGACCCAUGGAUAUAAGGCCCCUGUUUGUAAGACCCCUGAUUGUAAGACCGCUGGUUGUAGGACCGAUGGUUAUAAGACCCCUGGAUGUAAGACCCCUGGUUGUAAAACAACUAGUUGAAAGACCGCAAGUACCAAGAUCCCUGGUUGUAAGACACCUGGUUUUAAGACCACCAGAUGCAAAAACCCAGGCUAAAAAAGACGACUGGUUGUAAGACCACUGAUUGUAAGAUCCCUGGUUGUAAGACAACUGGUUGUAAGACCCCUCGUUGUAAGAUCGCAAGUACCAAGACCCCUGGUUGUAAGACCCAUGGAUGUAAGACCCCCUGAUUAUAAGAUCCCUGGUUGUAAGACCGUUGGUUGUAGGACCGAUGGUUGCCAGGCCCCUAGUUGCAAGAACCCUGGUUGUAAAACUUCUGGUUGUAAGACCACAGGCUGAAACUGACCACUGUUUAUAUGACCUCUGAUUGUAAGACCCCUGGAUGUAGACCCCUGGUUCUAAGACCCGGUUGUAAGACCCAAGGUUGUAAGACCUCUGGUUGUAAGACCCCUGGUUGUAAGAACCAAGGUAUUAAGACCGCUGGUUUUAAGACCCCUGGUUGUAAGACCCCAGGCUGUAUUAGACCCCAGGUUGUAAGACUCCAGGUUGUAGGACCCCUGGUUGUAAUACCCCUGGUUUUAAGACCCCUGGUCGAAGACCCUUGGUUUUAAAACCCCUGGUUGUAAGACCCCUGGUUUUAAAACCCCUGGCUUUAAGACCCCUGGUUGUAGGACCCCUUGCUGUGAGACCCUAGUUUUAUGAUCGCAGGCUGUUAAAUCCCUGGUUGUAAGACCACUGGUUUGUAAAACCCCUUGUUGUAAGACCCUUCCCUGGUUGUAAGACCUCCGAUUGUAAAACCCCUUGUAAAUUCCCUGGUUUUAAGACCCCUGGUUGUAAUAUCAUUUGUUGUAAGACCCCUAGAUGUAAGACCUCUGGUUGUAAGACUUCUGAUUGUAAAACCCCUAGUUGUAAGGACCCUGGAUGUAAGAGUCCUUGAUGUAAGACCCCGGGUUGUAAGACCCCUGAAUGUAUUUCCCCUGAAUGUAAGACAUCUCCCGUUAAGACUCUUGGUUGUAAGACCUCUGGUUGUAAUAUCCCUUGUUGUAAGACCCCUGGUUGUAAAACCCCUGGUUGUAAGACUCCUGUUUGAAUGCCCCUGGUUGUAUGACCCCUAGUGACACCUGGUUGUGAGACCCCUGGAUGUAAUACCCCUGGUUGUAAGUCUCCUGGAUGUGAGACACCUGGUUGUAAAUUCCCGUGGUUGUAAAAUCUCUUGUUUUGAGACCCAUGAAUGUUUGGCUCCUCGUCGUAAGACAUCUGGUUGUAGCGAGCCCUGGUCGUGAGACAUUUGGAUAACGCGAUGGAUUUGACUGACUUCGUGGUCCAUAAUCUACAUCCUAUAUGCACAGGAAUCUUUUUCAAGUGGAGGUUUUCUUCUUUCCCUUUUAUUUUAGAAACAUAUCUUUAUUAGGAUCCGAAAAGUGGGCAGCUAAGUUAAAUGGGCCAUUGCUGCGCUAACUAUUUCUCAAGUGACAGGGUAUUUACGCUACAGUAGGCCACAUGGGUACCCUGUGACCUGAGGGUGUUUUGACUGUAUUUUCCUCAUUUUAAGGUAUAUACCGGAAUCCAGUCGAUGGCUUUUAGUGAAGGGAAGAGCAAAGGAGGCAUCGGAGCAACUCCUAAAGGUCGCCAAGGUUAACAAGAAGGAAAUCCCCUUAGACAAGCUAACUCUUGUAGACGAAAACCCAACACAACAAAGACUUGGUGACAUCCGGGACCUGUUCAGUACCUCAACCAUGGUGACCAGGACCUUAAUAAGCUGGUUUAUUUGGUAUGAGCAUCUUAUAAUAGAUAAUUUGUUUCUUUGCCUACUUCGUUUAUCCUUCCCAGUGUACCGGACGUGUCCUCCUUAGAACGACUUCGAUCAUCUGUAAAGUUUGCAAUUAACAUAAUACGGAAUAUUUGGAGCAAGAGAUUACGAAGUUGUACGUGAGAGCACUUACCUCCCACCAAUAGAAGAGUUCACGUUCACGGUGGCAUCAUGGGUAUUUAGGGCAAGAUGGCGGGAAAUUCAAAGAUUUGUAUUAGAAUUCAAAGUCAGCUAAUUCUUCGUGAAUUCUUAUAUUUGAUGCUUUGUCUUUGAAAAGAGCAACUUACGAUUUCAAAGAAACAAUACACUAAAUCUGGAGUGCAAAGAAGUCCGUGAUCAGUUUUUAGAAAACCUUGAUUUUCCCAUACAUUUUCUGCAAUUCGACAGUAUCAAAAUUAAAGAAAAAUGUAUGGAUAAAUUGAGGUUUUCUAAAAACUGAUCACGGACUUCUUUGCACUUCAGAUUUAGUGUAUUGUUUCUUUGAACUCUUAAGUUACUCUUUUCAAAGAGAAAGCAUCAAAUAUAUGAAUUCAGGAAGAAUUAGCUGACUUUGAAUUCCAAUACAAAUCUUUGAAUUUCCCACCAUCUUGCCAUGAUUACCCAUGAUGCAGCUAUGAGCGUGAACUCCUCUAUGAGGAACGGGUUCAAAUCCCUACGUCGACGCCAUAAAUGGGUAAAGUUUGUUGUUGGUUCUCUCCCUUGCUCCGAGAGGUUUUUCUUCGGGUGCUCCAGUUUUCUCAUCUCCUUAACAACCAACAUUUCCAAAUUUCCGUUCGAUCAGGAUUGGUAGACGAAGAAGCACUAUGUGGAUGUGCUUCCUCUAAAUCGUUAUUUACCCUAUUUAUUAAUUUCAUUUAUUUACGUAUUUAUGUAAGGUAUGUAUCUUUCAAACGUUUGAAAGUUUCGUAUUAAAGUCAGUAAGACUUCUGCAUGACACAACAAUGUUCAGAACAGAUAUAAGCCAUGCAAGGAUAUAGAGAUGAAGAAAGCCGCAGAUAACAGUUGGCUUAACUUCGCCAAUUAGUGUCCUAGGAAGUACAGUAACUUGGGUAGGGAUUCUCAAAUCUCGCGUGAAAGACUCGAUAUUUCUUUGCCCGAUAGGUUUGUGGUCACAAUGGUGUAUUAUGGUGUUUCAUUCAGUGCUGGAGCUUUUGGCGGGAAUCGUUACUUGGUGUUCUUUUUGACCAGCCUCAUAGAGAUUCCUUCCAACUACACUGCGAUUGUGGCGUGUAAAAAGUGAGUUCCUAUACAUGUAGUAGUAAAGCUACAAUCAUGGAUGAAAGACUUGGCAGGGGCACUUUUGCGUUUCUGGGGCGUUUUCCAAUUCAAACAUGCCCAACCCUCCACUGACCCCACAAACAACGUUGGAUGCGUGUAUUCAGACGUUUUUGCGAGUUUCAACUUUGUAUAAGGUGGGGGAGGGUGGGGAAGGAGGGACAACUGCAAGAAAAUUUCGAAAAGGAAGCACUAUUUUAUGAGGGAACCCAAAAAAUUACAGAAAAAUAUAAAUACUGCUUUACUGUCUCAAGAACUUUUGUCCAUGAUUGUAUCACUUUGUGCUUUUUUAAAGAGCUUUUGCAAGAAAAUGAAGAGAAUUGUGGAAAACAUAUUUUGGUUGUGAGUUACCGCGAAAUAGUAAAUUACUCCCCCCCCCCCCCUUCCCGUGCACCCUCCACCCCAUCGACACCUAUUUAGGCUGUUUGAAAUACGAUCAAACCAAGGCAUCUUUUUCUUUCCAGGAUCGGUCGAAAGAAAACCACUAUUAUUGGGCUGAUCAUUUCCUCAAUCGCCUCUGCAGUCGCUGUUCUAUUUCAGAGAGAUCUGUCAAAUACAGGUAACAUCUCAGUAUUCUCCCACUUGUUUCAGUAACUAUGGAAAUCAAGAGGUUAUGACUAUGUCCUCCUGUGGAAAUACAUUUUUACGAGAAUCGAUGGUAAUCGAUGACCAGGACAAACAUGAAAGAAUAUCCUUCGAAGUCUGUCUGGACAAGCUUUAAUCGACAAAGAAUUUCAUUGACUGUGUUUUUUCAUUGGUGAAUAAAACUUUCUUGAUUAGAGAAUCUAACACUCGUCAAGCUCUCAAUGUUUGUUUGUCAUUCAUUUUUAGGUUUUCUCGUUGCAAGAAUAAUUUUUGCGUCAGUGAUCGCCAAGUUUUUUAUAAAUAUGGCCUUCGCCACCAUCUACGUAUUUUCCACUGAAUUGUUUCCAACAGUUGUCAGGUAUUGUUGUAUUGGAUUUUUUCUAUCUGUAAGGCUUCGUGGUCAUAAUAGAGCUGUGGAUCUGUUCAUAUACUUCAAGUCGAGAAGAAAAAUAGUUCACCCAUUCGCUGCGCUCACUUGUGAAAUAUUUUUCAAUACGAGAAGAGAAAUUUUGUAUCUCCAAGCAGCCAUGUAAUUUUCUGACUUGUUAUAUAAAUACCAAUGAAAUGCAAAACCAUUUCAGUUUUUAAAACAUUUUUUUGCUUCGAAAGGCCCGAUUUAUUUAGUAGUUAUAGCAACAGUCAUCACCAGUUCCCGUGUGAAGAUAUAUCAUGUCAGUUUCAAGCGAAACCUAACUUGGUAUUUUACGGGUGUCAUAAGAUCUCAUAAUAAUAAAAUAAAAAACUUCACCGUUAGGAGGGUUUCUCCUGCUAAACGUCCCUAGCGGAAAGACCAAGAGGAGACGGCUCUAUUCGCAUACUAAAAAAUGGUUAUGAAAUAUUUAUUUUACAGGAACCUGGGCGUGGGUUCAUCCUCAGCAGUAGGACGUGUUGGAUCCAUGGCUGCCCCCUAUCUUAUUUGGCUGGUAAGACUAUUCCUGUGAUAUCAGGUUUAUAUAGAUACUAAGAGGACAUGCCAAAGUACCGUCGUAUUAUGCGAAAGUCCGUGCGCGUGUAAAGCGGGCUUCCCGCCUUAAACUCCAAAAAAGUUUUAUUUGAGAAGAAUCUUCUACCUAGGUAGCCUCCCACGCAGACGUUUUUAGGGGAGCUCGUCUUUUAUCUCUACCCACAAACGCCUGCUCAACCGAGAACAACUUUCCUUUCCCAAGCUUAGCCAAUCGCAUUGUACUUUCCAAAUUCUGGACAGUUGACCUUGACCGAAGGGUAAUCCGAUAAUUGCUCGAUCUGCAUUAAACACUGGAAAAGCUUUAUGACCACUAAUAAAUGUGAGAUUCAGAGCGGCAAAAAUAAGAUUUAGUCAAACCUUAGAAUAUUCCAUUCACUGCAUAACCUUAGCGAGGGAGAGGAAAGAAAGAAAACGGUAACUCUAGGGUCCCGUUUCUGCACUACCAGGAGCUUAUGAGUCGUGUUUAGCCUGUCAGCACUUUAUUUCAAGGCUGUUGAUUGGUCACUUAACACACGAAUAAAACAAUGGGAAAGGAAUGUUGUUUCCGGUUGAGCAGGCGUUUGUGGGGACGGAUGAAAGACGAGCUCCCCUAAAAACGUCUGCGUUGGAGGCUACUACCUAGGUAGACUAUUUAACCAACAAGUUGAGUUUUCCUCUUACAGCUAAUGCUCAUUUUGUUGUCAUCAAUAUAACUAACAACUAUUUCGUUGUUGUUGCCUCGUACAUUGUAGGUUCGCUUCCAUGUUCUUGUACCUUACUCCAUCAUAGCUGCACUUUGCCUCGCGGCUUCCGUAUUGUGUUGUCUUCUUCCAGAGACGAAAGACGCUCCAACUCUGGAAGUGAUGGAUUCUGUUAAGGGAGACAGCAACUCGGAAACUUUUCAAAUGGGUCAACGGGAGGAUAUAAAUGAUGAGAAGAACUAAGAAGCCUCUGCCAUAAACAUAUGAACGUAAAGAACUGCAAUGUUUUUUUAAGAAUUGAUUUACGCGCUAUAAAUCGUUUCGCUUAUGUCUCGCACACUAAACAGACCAGCAUACGUAGUGUUGCCCGGAUGUUUGAGUUACAGAUAUAGUAUUCAAUAGACGAUUAUUAGAAAACCUGGCUUAUCAGUGAAGUCCCCGGCGUUUUACAAACCAGACAAAGGUUUGAAUAUCAUGAAAGUUCUUUGGCAAUACAACAAUAGAGAGAAACGGUCUUUUUAUGAGGGUAAAGAUUGCAGCAACUUCAGUGUUUCAUAUCGUUAAUUCAACCUCUUUUCAUGCUCUUUUGGUAAUUAAUCGCAUUCGAGUUUUAACUUAAUUAUAAUUUUUGCGUUGUAUUAUAGAUCAAAAAUGUCGUAAGUAUUCAUUCUUCCCGCGCUGCGUUAACGCUCAAGGGGUUUCAUAACAUAAGGGUGGGGUGGUUCAACGUUUGGUGACCUGCACAUGUGAACGUACUCCUCCCCUACUAAUGCUGGUCCUGAUUUAGAUACCGAACGGGAAGCCAUUAUGUGGGUUGUAGUUUUUGUUGGUUUUCGUCCUUGCUCCGAUGGGUCUUUUUAAUUGGCUCUCUGAGAUUGAAAAUUGCAUGGAAAUGCUUUUUGAAGGUCUGUUUCCUGGACUCGCGUCAUUAAAGCGUCUGAUGAGAUCGAUCAUACCAUCAGGGAUCGUGAUCACGAAAUUUAGAUACCUGGGGAUACGUCGUUCUAUCAUUAGAACGUCCUCAGUGCGUUUAAAACUUGGUUAGAAGGCAUGUCCACGAGCUCACACUGGAAGUGGACGGCGUUGCUUUCUUAGAGACUGCACCAACACGCCGUUAAAGACGUGGAAUAGUCCUCAUAUCUUGCGUGUCCCGAAGCGCGCUUAAUUUUAGGCCAGCUAAGAAUCUCACUCUCCUCAUAUAACGAUCACUCUGGUAACAGAAAGCUUUGUGAAGUGGAAAAUACCUAACGAUAGAAUUGGUAUCGUUCUUACGAUGUGCGAGCAACUAGGUUAAUGUCUUAUGCACUGAUAUAGAUUUUCCUGUUGUCAUAGAGUCUCAGUUGACCUAUUCACUAGGAUAUCCUGUGAUUUUUUUUGUUUGUUUUUAUACCGAUAUGUUAAGUUCAAGUAAAUCAAAUCAGUUGUCUAUGAUCAUUGGUCUCUACGAAAUUAAUUGAUACAUGUACGAAUUAAAUACUGAUUGUCUGUGAUUGAGUUAAAUUUUUGAUUUCCUACGUCUUUCCCGACUAAAUGUGCCGUGAAAACGGGAAAACGAAGCCGCAACUCGGGUUGCCUAGGUUUGCUUUAUAAAUCAAAUUUUGACUUGGAUCUUAGUGAAGAAAAAAUCGACGAAUUUUUAAAAAAGAAAGGGCUUAAGAUUUACUCCUACUAUAUAGAUACUUGAAAAGAAAAAAAUGAUUUAUUUCAAUUUUUUUUAAGAGUUAUUUGAAUUAAUUAAACCAAUCAACAAGUAGCUUUACAGAGUGUAUUGCUCUCUUGGUUAUAGUCAUGGAAAUAAAGCUUGUUGUUCUCCGACUGGCUAUGUUGUUCGCCGAGUUAUUUGGUCUGCCUCAAAAUACAGUUGUUCCGUGUGGCCUUCUCCCUUUCCCUAAAGCUGUCCAUACAAAAACGAGAGGGUGAAAAAAACUUUCCCUGCGUGUUCUCCUAUCGGCGUUUGGGCUGGAAUAUAUAAACACUGAUCUAAUGUAGCCUUUUGACCACUGCAAUUCGUCUUUUUCAAGAACACAAAUGAAAAUUGAUUCAUUUGUAGACUAAAUAAUUCAUGUAAGGGCCUGUUUACAUGGAGUGGGGGACCCCGGUCUAGAGGGGUUGGUUUCUUUUGUUUUCACGCUUUGGCGGACGCAAAACAAAAGAAACCUACCCCAAUUGACCGGGAUCACUCACUCCAUGUAAACAGGGUCUAAGUUAUUUGAAAAAUUUGAAUCUCCGCCAAUGUGUUGCGUACAAUAAAUUAGGAGGGAUUCAGUCUAUGGAAUAGAUUCAUUUUACUUAAACCUUAUGUGUGCUAUACUACUACAUGAAACAUUUCUGCAAUUUGUUUGGCUUAGAGCAGUGGUAUUUUAGCUUAAUUUGAAAUACGUGACAUUUGAAAAUUAGAAACCUUUUGCGGCUAGUAGUAUAAACAAAUAUAGCGUGAUUUGUACGUGAUAUUUGGCAUAAAUACCACUCAUGAUAUUUCAAAAUUGUCUCCAAUUUCACUCGCCUAACGACUCGUGAAAUUACUUAUAACAAUUUCGAAAUAUCACUCACUACAAAUCAUGCUAUUACCUAUACAAACAAAUAAAUAGGGUGAUUUUACUUAAGCCGUAAAAUAGAUAGUAGCCUAUACGAAACUUACGCACUUCGUAAUUACAUUGUUUUCAUUUGUUUACUCAUUACUAUUUGGCAUACUAAUAAAUUGUUACAUAUUCUUUCACGGGGUUCGUAAAAUCACUCUACUAGACUAUGAUGCACUAUUAUCCACAAAAGUCAAUUGAAUUUUUUUUUCCUGUAUUAUUUUAUUGGCAUUAAUUCAGGGGUUAGUCUGUUUCACGAGUUAAGUAAAAUUACUCCAAGGCCAAUACGGAGCAUUCUACUUUCGACCCUUUAUUCCAUUCCAUAUCUUUUGUCACGAAAACAGUAUAAAAAUGUCUUUGCCAAAGAACAGGUAAGGAGUAAGAGACUAUCAUUUACUGAGUGGGGCCAACUAAAAAAACACACACACACAUGCACAAUAGUGCCACAGGAAUCAAGGGAGGAUAAAGGGCUCCCACUCUAAAUUCUCCGUUUUUGGAUCUUUGCCUUUUGAUUAUUCAGGCGGUGUUUUCUCCCUUUAGGAAUUACUGACCAGUCUUAAGUAUUGUAUAGCAAAUUAAAAAGAUGGUUAAUAACAAUACUCGUGCGGAGUACAGUACUACUUGCCAUAAACCGCAACUAUUUCAGUGUUAAAGAUUUUAGUACAAUAAAUUUAAAAUGCAACCCUAUUUCUUCGCCACCAGCCCAGGGCAACGUCCACAUCAAAUGUGUCUCACGAGGAGCAGGGAACGGAGCGGCUCAGGGAAAGGCGAGGGGAAACGUGGAACGGGGAAAGGGAAACGGGGAACGGGAUACAUGGAAAAUGGGAACAAAAAAGAAAAUUUGAAAUGAAGGUAAGAGCUAGUUCAAGUUAGGUUUUGUUUCCAUUUUUCAGUUUCCCGUUCUCUGUGUUCGUUCCUCGAUCUCCGUUUUAGUAGUAUACCUUCACGUUACGUUGCGUGAGAGCUAUUAAAUUUUUCGAUUUGUUUACUUUUCGCCUUUGUUUUGUCUUUUAAAAGAAUCCAAUAUAAAUCAAUAUAAACCAUGCAUGCGGUUCAUCUGUUCGCUGUAGGUACACGUGUGCAAGUAACACAACCGGUUGGACCUGUUUAAUUCUCUUCUUGUUUUUAAAUUUCCACCUUUUCAUCCUUUUCCCCUGGCUUUUAAGAAACUCAGAUUAAACUAGAGAGGCUACUGUUUCCUUCUUGUAAAGGAACCGAGGAUCCGGAGUACGAUCCGCGUUCUGAGUAACUUCAAACGUGUUAAAGUGUAUCAGGAAUUAAAUAUUGAGAAAGGCAAACUGGAUGUGACCUCGUCAAACUGGUUAAGUCUAAGGAAUGUACAUAUAAUUAAACAAGUUCUCACCGACACGCGCUCUCUCCAGAAACCUGUCUUCAUCGAGUCUGUCACUGUAUGAGCUGUUGAACCGCUUUUAGGUGAGUAUUUGGUUAUUAGGCUCUAAGUUCUACGUAAAUGAGCUACUAUCGUGCAAUAUUUUCUUAAUUUAUUUGGCAUUAUUGCGAAUAAGCGAAAGCAGGGGUUGGCGGCAUAGACAAGACCAAUAGACCGGAAAAUAUUGACAUUUAGCUUGGAUCUGAAAUUCGAUGGAAUCCACUUCUCAUCCAUCGCAAAAUUAAAACUGUCAAUAGUAUGCGUUUUUGGCGAUCAUUUCAGAGAAAGCUCAUGCAGUUUCUUCGCAAAGCUUAAGCAGUGUGUGAUAUGUUUACCACUGAAUAGAACGGUAUAUUAAGAAGCUUGGCCUCAGACAAACGAUAAAAGCAGGAAAAAAAUUACGGAUGAGUUUUGACGCUUUUUAAUUUCCUUAUUAAGAAAAUUUUAAAGAAACAGCGCGGAUUAUUUUUUAUUUUUUUCAUAAAACAUCCGCCGCCUUUUGCCUACGCUUCAAUUGCUCUUCCAUCGUUAAGUUAUACACCAUGCACUUUUUCCCCCAUUCAAAGACGGCUCAAACUUAUCCUGCAAGUUUUUGUACCAGAGAAUUUAUUGGAACAUCUCAUUAUUUGACAAAACCAACUGGCAAAUGCGACCGCCUUAUGGUAAUUAUAUUUUGCAAAUUAAUCCACCGCUCCAAAGAUGGAUGUCGCAUUGCGUGAUAUUGAAUACUGUGCCUUAAGCGGAACAACCGAACUAGGCACUUCAGUAUAAGAUUUUUUGGUCAACAAUUUGGCGCAGAGCGAACUCUCCAAUGCCAAAAAAACUAACGAUGGUAUACUAAACCCGGCAAAGAGGUAAACAGUACGAUGACGCAUAAUUAUUCCGGUCAGCGUAAAACACAGCCUGCGGACCGAUUGUUUUCACCAUACAAAUGAGUACUUAACAACAACAGUCCUUGUUUUCUAACCCUUUAAAAAAACAAUAGUCCGCAGUCUUCACUUUACUCUACGCCAUAAUUAUUCACGCAUGCACAAUUCUCUUGUUUUCUUUUCGAUUAUUCUUAAUUUGCAUUGCAUAUUCCCGAUAUUUCUGAUCUCUUCUGUUAUCGGUAUGCAUAGCACGAUGACACACUGUCAUUCACUAACAUGUGUUCUUUUCGAUUAUUCAUAAUUUUCAUCAUAGUUAAUUGAGUGGAAUGGUUAUGAAACCCGUCAGACUCCUCUGUUAUAUGUUUUUGUGGACCUGAAAGUGCACAACGUUCAAAAGAAUUCCUAUCAUUUUGAUUGUAUUGACCAAUAAAAAUGUUGCAUUAAUUUAUUCCGUAACAAUUUGCCAACAGAAAACAAAGGAUUGUGCACUUUCACGGUGGUUUGAACAUAAACUGCAGCACUGUUGUUUUUAUCAUUGAUGUUUGCCGCUUUUCAUAACCAGUCUCCUCUAAUAACUAUGUUUUCAUUGAAUAUUCCCCAUAUUUCUGAUCUCUUCUGUUAUCGGUAUGCACAACUAUAGCUACAGUUACACUGGCCGUUUUACUCUUGUGUACAAAACGACUGAAGUGAACUUGCAUCGAGGAAAAAAAUUUUCCAUGGGUACGUCAAAAAUAUAAACAAUGAAAUGAUAGUUCGAAAGUUCUAUUGGUCAAAGCGAAUAUUUUUGACUGAUCACGGGGAUUAAUACUAGAAAUCAUGUGUUGUUUACGUGCGCCAAGAUCUUAAAAAGAUCGACAACACAACAGCAUUUCGAGGGCUUCUGUGAAUUGUGAAUGGUUUUUGGUUUUAAAAGAUAUUCAAAAACACCCCGAACACCUCGAGCCACUGGGAAGUUUCCUUGCCAUCAGUGGACGGUCAAGAAUUCUUUAAUUCACAAGUCGUUGCGUGGAAUUUUUUUCAAUUUCGCGGACCCACAAGUUAAGGAGGCUGAACACAGUGAGUUGGUAGGUCGGUGAUUCGUUGCUAUUUAUUGGGGUGUUAUUUAAGACUGGUUACCGAUUUUUAAGGUCAUGUUUGGCAAGGACAAGAUACAUACCGUAAAAUUCCGAAAUUAAGCCCCGGGGCUUAUAUUUUUCAAAGGCCCUUUUUGAGGGGCUUAUUUAGGGAGGGGCUUAUGUACGGAGGUAAAUUUGCGUUUCAAACUCGAUUGGGCUAGCCUUAUAGUUGGAAGUAAAUUUACCGUUUUUGCUCAUUGUUUUACUUUGUAUUUGAGGGCAAUUUUCCAAGUACAAACCUCCGGGGGCUUAUAUUUUGAGGGGCGAUUUAACGGAGGGUUUUUUGCGUUACCAGUCUGGGGGGCUUAUAUUUGGAGGGGCUUAUACAUGGAGGGGCUUAUUUUCGGAAUUUUACGGUAUAUAAGAUAAUAUGUUUAUUAGAUUAAAAGUAAGAUUUCGAUCGUUGCCAUGGUGUAACGGCGAAUCGCGGCACAUGAUAAACAACAACAAAACGUUUUUAAAAUCGUACACGAGGCUGAAUCAACUCGCAAGUAUCAUCACAAAUAUCCGUUAGAAAUCCAUAGCACGAGAAAGAAAAACUGAAACAAACGACUUACAAAGCACUUGGGAAACUUGAAGGUAACCCUAGAGAAACUUCAGGUUAUUUCACGGUGGCCUCGUGCCCGCCAAUGCCGAGGCCCCGUGCGCAUGCUCCUAAUAAACAAGGGUGAACCCGCUGGUCAGGAUACCAGCAGUUAGAAAUGGCAACAUGGAUGGUUGGUGGUGAAUUCAAUAGGCUUGCGAAAAAUCCAGUCAUUAGAUUUCCUUAUGAAUUUGCACACAGAUUGCAAUUAUUAAUCCUCAAUUUUUAGAAACAACUUGACCAAAUUGUAACAAACCGUUACUUGAAAUUUUUAACCAGAUACCUUUUUUUGAAAUUUGGUUUUGUCGCAAAACCCCUUUGUCCCACUUUUGUUUUCGGGUUUUGAAUGAGUGCAAUAUUAAGGAAAAUUUUGCCAAAUUUCAUCAAAUUCUAAUGAGUAGAUUUUACGAUAUCGUCAUUUGUUAAGGUUGUCUAAAACAAAACAAAACAAAACAAGUGCUCUCACAUUUAUUCCUUAGUGCGCAAUUGCAUGCUUAACACAAAAGCGACGAAAACAGAAUAAAUUUAUAAAGACAUUUUUUCUCAUCUUCUUUUUCUUGAAAAUCUUACUGGUUACAUAUGCUCUCCUGAUAAAAGUAUAAUAGCAGUAUAAUAGUAGAGGGCGAAAGUUCCCGCGAAAACUUCAAGGUACUAUAGAUUAUUCGGUCCUCAGUUCCUCGGCGCGGAUACAUGAGGAGAACUGGGCACAAUCCCAAGAAGUGACAUUAUGUGACAUCUUACGUAAAGGGGAUUUCAAGGUGCUCGAAAGAGAAUGGCGGACAGCUGAAGGUUCAUGUGCUGAAUUUUCUUAAGUUUUAACUACAAUAACAAAACAAAAUAAUCAUCGGUGGACAACUCAAUUACUUACAGCCAUCAUAGUUAAUUGUCAGGUCAAUCAAAAGCAAUUUUGAUUGCAUGUCUGGCUCGAUAAAAAAAGGAGGCAUUUUGCAAAAUAACUUCCAGGAACGGCAUAUGGUUAAGUGACAUGCCUAAUGUUCCUGUCAGUAACCGAGCUUCAUGAUGAUAGUAUUAACUGAUGUAUAAUAAGUGUAUGCUUAAGUGAUAUUUAUUUAGGUUGCUUUGUUGUAGACGCAAUGAUUCCGGCGAAAUAUGUAACAAUAAGGUCCUUAAUGCAGUUGCACACUUUGCUAUCACGUGAUGCCACAGUCAACCCAAGACCUUGACAACCCGCCAGGGCCCGCCCGCCGGUCGAAUGUCUGUGGCUCCUUUGGCAGAUUGUCCUGAAAAAUGUGGUAGAACCACUCCCUGUUCAACAUAAACCAGAGAUCUUUUCCGUUGUGGAUGACUUGGUGCUCUACAACAGGCUAAUAAGACUCAUAGAACGUUUCUUCUAACGGUGCCGCACAGAGCAUACUCUCAGUAUCAAGCAAGAAUUCAUCUCCAACGAAGCCAACAAGCAGCGAGUUUGUCUUUCUUCAACUUAGAACGGUUGAACUGAAAAUUUUCCAGGAAUCCACGUCAAUUACUAAACGAAGUCCUCUUCGACGGGGUUGAUUUUGGAAAACGAGAGCUGAAGGCUCCAGAAAGCGCCACAAAGAUCAUCUGUAAGGACAAAUUGUUUUAUCGCGCUAACCACACUGGAGGAUGGAUGGUGCCUCAAUGGAGCAGACGGUUACAAAGGAGAAACAAAGAUGAAAGAAAAAGAAGAUCUUCCGCGCAAAUGACGCCACUAACUGCGGCCCUCUCCUCUUCGCGAUGCUUACGCGUCUGCGCUUGGGACUGCGGAGACCUCAGCUGAUUCCUUCCCCAGAAUCGCGUACGCAAGGAAGCAGCUGGUAUAUUUGUAUGGUACAUUUAACGUUGUUAAAUUAAAUACUUUUUAAACAUGAACAGACAAAGAGUUAGAACCAACUUCACAUUGACAUGAUUGACUAGCAACGACGUAUUUUUGUUCUCCAUUUAUUUGUUAUUUUAUCCUAACCAUAACGUUAAGUGGCAGUAGUAACAAAAGUGGUCUGACGAUUUGAGAGAUGCUUUGAGUCUACGAAAACAAGAUAUGUCAAAGUAGAGACAAACCAUUAACAGAGAAAACAAAAUUCAUAUAAAGAAACUGCUUAUCCAAGCUAAGAAAAAAUUGGAAAAAAAUGAAAGGCCAAAGCCAGUUAGGUAAUAACCGACAAUAGACGAUGUAGCAACGAUAUUUUGAUUUAAAUCGCGUGACAGUUUCCACAUCAUGAAAACAUGAUGCCCAUAGUUUUCAAGGUUUCGUUUACAAUCAUAUAAUGAACUUAUAUGUGAGUUUCCUUUAAUUUUUUUUUUUGGCAAAUUGGAGAUUUCAAAUAUUUUGAUGGAGACCCUUACAAAGGAAGAGAAAGAAACCGGAUAUGCUUUCCCUUUUGCUAGGGACUAUUUUUUGUAUCACGUGACCUAAUAUUCUAACUUUUACUUCUGUUUAACGCAUGCUUAUCAAUAAGCAGUUAGUGAAAUGAAGGUCUAUCUGACAAAUCUCUUUUUAUAAAGUACCUUAAAGACGAAAUUCACCAAAAUAACUAGCCUUAGUAAUGCGAGAGUCCCUCUACUUACAAAUUGUGGUCUGGUUUAUAUUUUUUCAGGUAUUUCGCAGGGCAUUAUGGGUCUCACAGUUGAUGACGUCAUGGACAAGAUUGGCAGCUUUGGACGGUAUCAGUACCGACUGCUGUUCAUCUUUGGUUUUAUGAAGAUCUUUGGAGACGGAAUUCAGAUUAUGAUUCCGACCUUCCUGUCCAUUGAACCAGCGUGGCGAUGUAAAGACAACAAUUCUGCGUGCAAUCUCACUGGAUUAUUCCGACCGGGAAACGACAAUUACAGUUACCGCUGCUCGAUUCCUAGGGAUGCAUGGGAGUUUGACAGAAGUGAAAUUAAAAGCUCGGUUGUGACUGAGGUGAGAUCGAUCAGUUUAAGAAUUAUAAGUUAAAACGUGUACUAAAAGUAUGUUUAGCUCUAUCCUCUAUAAAUUGCUGCUAAACAGAAACAAAUGGAGAUGCCAUAAUAACGUGAUCUAAGGGUGCGUUCCUUUGGAAUGAUCGGAUCAAGAUCAGUGAUCCGAGAUCACUCGGAUCAUGGUAGAUCAAAUAAACCGAUGAAUCCUUGUCCAGAGUGCAUUCAUCGGUUCAUUUGAUCUACUAUGAUCCGAGUGAUCUCGGAUCACUGAUCCUGAUCCGGAUCAUCCCAAAGCCCCCUAAGUUUACUUAAUAUUGUCUUUCUCUAAUCUUUACCUUUUGGUUUGUUUCAAAAUUCAGUCGAUUCUCCUAAUACCCUUUUCACGUCAUUGACUACUACAUACUUGUCAAAACUCAGAACAAGCAGAUUUUUUAUUGUUUCUAUUGUAUUGUUAUUUCUUUUGCAGUUUGACUUGGUUUGUAGAGUAUCAGCACUGUCUGUACUUAACAAAGCCAUUAUGUUCCUGGGCUACAUGAUUGGUGUCCUUUUGGGGGGAUUUUUAUCUGACAAAUUCGGACGCAAACCUGUAGUGUACUACCUUUCUGUACUCUGCAACAUCCUGGCACUGGGUGCCUCCUUUGUCCAAGUUUACUGGCUGUACAUUUGCCUUAGAUGUGUGGUGGGUCUUACUAUCGGUAAGUUAAGUGACUCUGACUGAUGAUAGAUCAGCGCAGUCACUGAGCCUGAAAUAUUCUUUUUUCUCUCCGUAAAAGGCCUGCAAACUACAGCGAGUCAAAAGUGUUGUGACCUUCCCAGUGAUAUUAGUAAAACUAUCGACGUCCUUCCUCCCACCCCACAAUUUUGAAUUUUAAGCAAAAUGGAUGAAAAUGAGUCCUUCCUUUCCUUGCGGAAGGGAGUAAGGAAAUAAAGGAAUGAGUCCAAAGCUUAUCAAAGUAUUCGGUUACUAGCUAUAGGAGAAGAGUCAUAUGUAACAAAUAAUUGGAAGGGUUUUUCCUUAGUGUCCCAUUUGACUUCCAAAUCUCCCCCUCCUACACCAAACAAUGUUGAAUUUUGAGCAAAAUGGUUAAAAAUGGUUCUUCUCGGGGUAUCAGCGUUGCUGAGGGAAGAAAGGGGAUGAAGGGGCGGGUGAGCCCAAAGCCGAUCCAAAAACUUGUUACUAAGAGCAGAGUCAUAUGUAACUUGGAAGGGUUUUUCCAUAGUGUCCCAAGUUCAUAUAAUUUGACUUCCAUUAUAAAGUUAACAAAUUGUAAGUUCUAAAGUGUUGCGCUUAGAGACUUGGCAGUACUACAUCGUAAAGUAUGAACAGGGACAGACAGUAAACUGCAGGCAAACGAACUUUCCUUAGAAUUGCAAACAACAUGUUUUUUAAAUCAGCUUAUGGCUCAGUCAAUUCCAAGCGUACCCAUCCCCCCGGGCAUUUGUCGGGCAUUUGUCAUUUACCAUCUUUUCCGGCUGUGAGGAUUUGACACAAAACCUUUGCCCGGGGGUGGAGCUUUUGUCAAUUCUUCUAGAAGCGGUUUACGUCGUUCCUUUUUCAAUAUUUCGUUUAAAAAAAUAUCCCUAGUUAGAUAGCUUGAGAUAUUUAUAUAAAGAAUAUUUUUAAUACCUAUGCUUUAAAAAGAUAUGUGUGGUUUUCGCUCCAUCAUUUCCCUACCCCACAGUAUUUUUUGCAUCCGUCAAAGAAAUUGCUUCCCGCCAUCGUGAGCUGCUCGCAUAUGGAAGAAAAACAAUCAAUGUAUCGUUUGUAGAGUUUAAAGGACAAGACACUUUGUUUGUGCGUGAAUGGCUGAGGCAGAAAGGCCUAGAAAACCUCUGCGAGAUGUUUGAGAUAUUUCGUGUAUUGUACGAUGAAUACGACAAUUAAUAUGCUGACGAAACGUUUCCGUGAUAAGAACGUACUCAUGUAAGGCUCGUCGGUGGUUUGUUUAUCAUUUAUCAAAAAUUAUUAAACAACUUCGAAAUGAGAAAGUUAUUAUUAAAAUGCUAAUUUAUAGUUCUGUCAAUGAGAUUAAUCAGAUCAAUGACAGUGAUCUUUUUUGCAAUAAUUAUAACUAACGUCUAGAAGCGUUUUGCUUAGGGUGUUUCACGUACGAGUUUGAUCAGAUCAUUACAGAUUUCCCAUAGAGAUGGUAUUUGCAGCUUAUUUACUGGGAAAUGCACUUUGUUGUCCCGGGGUGAGGCAUUUGUAACCUAUUUUGUCUAGUAUAAUCAAGCCAAGAAUGCUCAUUGACACACUGAUUAUCAGUAAACGGUAGUUAUUAUUCAUUCAAAUUAUUUCUCCGUUUCUGAUUGGCUAAAAGCACAUGCAUAAUUCACCAUAACCGGCUACUGUUGACCAAAUUUGGAAGAAUUUUUCGAUUAAUCAACUGAUGACGUCAAAAGUGCAGCACAGUUGCAGUUUAAUGCACCGUUAACCGAGAAGACCUGUGGACGAGGUUGAGUUGUUGUAAUUGUGCAAAGGAAAAUGGCUGAACAGUCGGCUGAACAUUUUACUCGUUUCACGACGAACUAUUGUCUAAAAACAUAGCAAGAAGACAACUCGGAGGGUGUUAUCCACCUCGAUCUGCGUAAUUCUUCAUAUCCUACUCAGCCUCAUUCAUUAAUUGCUAAUUAUUGAAAUACUUCAAUUAACAGGAGCCUCCUCUCUGUCCAUGUACGUCUUACUCGUGGAAUAUGUUGGAAAACGUCACCGUCACGUGAUUGGAACCACGCUGUGGUAUUUCUGGGUCAUAUCGCUAAUGCUGAUUCCAUUGUUUGCCUACCUGAUAAGGGACUGGAGAUCACUUUCCAUCGCCGCAGCAACUCCAGGCCUCCUACAAGUAUUUUUCUGGUGGUAAGUAAUAUAUAGAGUGUUUCCACAUGACGUCACGGCGGCCAAAUUGGUGUCCCUAACCAAUCCUGUGGGAAUUGAACUCUUUUCUUAUGUAAAUGCUUUCUUUUGUUCCAAUAAAUUUGCAUAGAUGCUGUGGCCACGUGAGUGAAAACGCUCUGUAACGUUCAUGGUCUAAUAGACGCCCUUUAUAUUCUAAUUCGCUACCCCGCUCAAACGAAUAUAAAACAUUUAUCAUGUAACAAGCAACCUCAAAUGGGGUGUGUCAACACGAGCCGUGUGCGACCCUCUUUAUUAUGCCUUCAUCAACAGAAUGGAUGGAAAUAAUACAACAAACAGAAUGAAAACUCGGAAAUGUAAAAAAUUACAGCAGGAAGAACAACCCUACAAAAUGAUCUAAACUAUGCUCGUAUAACAAUGAUUCAGUAAACAUACAAAACGUGCUAAACCUUUCAUAUAGCAGCAUGCAAAAAACUACGUCUAAGAGAAACCCCUGGUCACUGGGUAUUUAAUUUUGAGGGCGUAGGGACGGUCGUAAGACGCGAAUGAAUAUAGAUGAAAACAACUCGAAUAUAUAUAGCCUACCGCUAAUGAAGCAACAGAACAGCAUACCAUGUAACACCCCAAAGAAAAGGUUACAUAACCCAUGAUAAAUACAUUUAUAUUCUAAUUCGCUACCCCGCUCAAACGAAUAUAAAACAUUUAUCAUGUAACAAGCAACCUCAAAUGGGGUGUGUCAACACGAGCCGUGUGCGAACUAAAAGAACGGGAAAUACGGAAAAUUAAAUACCCAGUGAUAACGAAACCAACAACAAUGAAUGGAAAUAAUCCUUAGUGUAACCGUCUUUUGCCUUAUCUGAUUUCCAACGGUCGUGUCUUUUAAACAAUCUGUGAGGCACUCGGGCAUUAGCAGCAGCGGAGGUACCUCCAGCCCUAAGGCUAUGGAGACCGUAGUCUUGCUUGGGAAGGCCGAUGGAAUCGAAAGCGCUAAGCACCAUCUCCCGCGUAUAAGACAAAGGAACGGACCCGCGGAAUUUAUAAGCUCCGGUACCGCGAAGGAAAACAAGAGGGCGAAAAAUGAAUUCUUCGCUGUCAGCUGAAAAAGAAGCGGCCACAACAUAUCGUUGAACUAAUAAAUAAGGACAUGUAUGCUUGAAAGUUUUAGCGAUAACAACCCAAGCCCCAUCCCUGUAAACGUCAGUCUUACUUCAAUGAACAAAGAUUCUCAUAAAAGAAUCCUCAAACUGAAAAUCACACCUGCGUAACUGAACCAACUCGUUAAAGCGAAAAAACCCUGCAUAACCUAAAACGCACAAAGUAAGCACUCGUAAAUCAGACAAACUAGCUGAAGACGAUCCAUACUUAGCAAAUAAAAGCUGAAUAGCCUCGGGGGUCACAGGCUCUUUCUUUUUAACAGGGAUACUGAGAAGCCUCUUAGCAGAUUCUAUUAAAGAUAAAACUAACGAGGAAUUACAGGGGUCGGGUAGACCUGCCAAAUCAUGCACCCACUUGAGCCCAUAAUGGACUUCAUCAAUAGUACUGAAAGAAGCAGAUUCUUGAAUCAAGCUCUGCAAGAUAAGAAAAAACAAUGAAACGUACACACUAGAAGCGGGAAAUAUUACAAUUUCUUUAAACUGAGAAGCCCAUUUUCUCCAUGUAUUGAAGCCCUUUUCGUACUUCCUCGCGGUACUGUCGGCUUUGGAUUUAAGAAGAACUGCGGGGAGAUCUUGAACCAGUUCCCGGCGCGGAGUCGCCUGUCUUCAACCUGUUGAAAAUUAGGCUGCAAGGCAUCUUUGAGAACUUCUACGAGGAUAAGAACAAAAAUGUAUGGCAAAAUUCUUCAAUACACGCACUGGGGUCAAUACAGCAAUAAAAAAUGGACGCUUGGUAAUGCCGCUGACCGGAUGCAAAACUAUUUAAGGCCAUAUGGGCCAACUAAAAAACGAAGGUAAACAAGCCACUCGGCGAGCUAGUUUCAUGCGAAACGAGAACAAAUGAACUGACAAGCGGAAUAAAAAACACGUGGGCCACCUAAAGCCACUCGGCUUGAAAAAACUAAGGCCCCUUAGCGCCAAUUCUGACCGCCAGGACCGCGCUGUUAAACCUGUCUGAACCAAUUGCAAUGAGUGAAUCUUUGUAACACCCGAGGGCAAAAAUCCCUGACGGGUAGGGAAAAUGAAUGUACUCAAGGAAGUACGGUUGGAAUUGAAUUGCAUUUGCGAACAAGAAAAGCCCAAACUCAUUAGACGGCCAAUAAGGGACGACUAAAGUACGAACAGCACCGCAUACAAGGAGAUGCUGAACCACCCUAGUAAUGCAGUGGACGGGAGGGACUAGCCAAUUAUUCUCUCCAUUCCUUGAGAUUGAAAAUGCGUCAACAGCUUCAGUGCCGGGUACGCGAAACCUAGAAUUGAAUCUGGGAAGAUGGGCGUUGGCAGCAUUCGCAAACCUGUCGACUGUGUGUGGGCCGCAAAGGCGGUCCAAGUGGGCGAAGAACUCGGGGGUUGUAUACCAGUCAUCGAAGUCUACAAUGUAGCUAAUCGCAUCAGCACAAGCAUUAAGUUCCCUGGGAACCCACUGGGGAAUAAGUGUAAUACUGUAAGUUCGACAAAAAUAGAAAAUAUCAAGCUCAAUAGAAUGCAAUUCUGCACUAGGACUCCCUAUCUCCACAAUACGAACGGCCCCUUGGCUGUCAGAAUGCCACUUUACACACUUACCCCGAACCGAGGCUUUGAACGCACCUAAGGCAAAUUGUAUAGCCUUAAGUUCUCUCCAGGUAGAGCUCUUAGCUGCUUCGCAAGCAGUCCACAUACGAUGGGACACCUCAUUAGUGCCCACAACAAAAGCCCCGCAGGCGACGUUGCUAGCGUUCGAAUAGCUAAACAAAAGGGGAGCAUUAUAAGGCAAAAUAGCUCCCAUAUUAAGACUAACGAUAUUGUUUUUCUAGAAAAAUAUUUCAGAGAGGCAAUCAUUAUGAAGCCCGAUAUUAAAAUGGGAAUCCCAACUACGGCGGGAUUCUAUGACCUUGUAAAGAAAACGGGUUUUGAGACGAGUCAGGUUACCCAAAACUGGGGACAUGGACAUAACAUGACCUGCGAUAACGGCACAAUCCCGAGCCGUAACAUAAGGUGCGGAUAGAAGAAAUUUGUCAAUCAGAGCGAUAAAUUUGCAAAUACGUCUAUCGAUAAUAGAAAUGGUACCGAUAACUAAGUCCCAGUUUAAACCCAACCAAACAAGCACCUGAGUGGGGUUUUAUAGUGAUUUGGCGGGGGUUGGCAACAAACCCCGCACUGCUUAAGCAUGAUUGCACAAACAAUGAAUUUUCCUUGGUCAUAGGCAGUGAAUCCCCUUUUCCGCACCCAUCGUCGAGGAACACAACUAUUUUAAUCCCGUUAGACCUCCAAAACUUAACGAGUGGUCUGAGACACUUGGUGAAGACGUAUGGGGCUGAGCUUAGACCGAACGGAAGUGAUGCAAAACAAAAAUACCGAACGGUACCAGAAAAAACCCAGGAGAAGCCCAGAAAAGUUUGGUGAUCCGGAAAAAUAUCGAUAUGGUGAUAUCCAGACUUGAGAUUGAAACUGAAAAGGUAAUCGCCCUUAUUAACAUAUGAUAAUGAAACUCUCCAAUCUUCACACCUAAUAAACUUCUGUUUCCAAAUGAAAUGGUUGACAUGACGUAAGUCCAGAAUAAGCCUCUUCUUGCCUGAAGACUGUAUCGAGACAGAGAGCGGAUUAACGAAAUGUGGAAUAAAGGGCACCUCAACGACGGCAUGAGUGUGGACUAAUUCAGCGAUAGCCGACUCCACGAAAGACUCAUUAUUAAGAGCUGACUGAUUGUUAGAAAAACGCGCCUGACAAGGUGUGCUAAUGAAUGGGAUCCGAUAACCGAAUUUAAUAGUGUCGAUAACAAAACUAUUGGCACCAAUAGUGUGCCAAUAACUUAAACAGGACCUAAGUCUACCCUUAAGUACUGGCAAUGCAGAAUUCUGUUCAAAUUCAAAUAGAUUGCGAUCAUAAUCGAAAUCGACUAAUUAACUAGAUUCUCUUUCCCUGAAAUACUUCAAAUAGGAAGGAUACAUGUCUAAUAAAUUGAGUAAAGCUAAUAUCUAACCUUGGAAAACAAGUUUUCAAUUCUGUGGUCCUAUUUACCUCCAAUGCCCGAAAGACCAGAAGAACUAGGAAAGGACGGCCCCGAGCUUGAAGAUCUGGCUUAAGGAUUAACUUGACACUGAGACCUCCAAUGACCUUGCUAGCCGCAGGUGAAACAAAUAUCACUUGGUCUUGGUUUGCUGAAAGCGCCAAAAGUAAGAGAAAUAGGUCUGGAGGAUGAUGAAUGUUGGCCAGCAAACGCGGUGGUUGCGGUAGAUGAUUGGAGUUGUGAAUAACCUUGCUUGGAUGGCUUCGCUUUCUGUUGGCGUUGGUUGCGUUUACGAAGGGCCCUCUGUUCGGCACGGCGGAUACGCUUUUCGUCCUCUGACCCGCUAGCCAGCUCGUCAGAUAAAUACUCGUUCACUAAAUCCCAACCGGCGGCGGACUUGUCUGCCAGUCUGAUAAGUUUGUUGCGCUUCUCGAUGUCAGAGUCUAGUUCUUCCAGGUGAGUUUUAACAAGGUCUAAUUUUCUCUUCCCGAGAGCAACUGACGCCAACUUCACCUUCUCUGCAAGGUCGGAGUUGAAUUGAAACUGUUUCUUCAUGAUUACCUUCGAAUCUAAACGUGAUCUUGGAUUCUUCUUUGAGCUUUUUGGCCACAGAAUCGGUAUUACUGCACUCGUCUUGAAUAUCUCGCUUCAAGGCGCCCAACUUCUUGUCGAAAUAAUCCCUGAAUAGAGAGAACGCGGACGCUAUAUCACUGGAUUCUGAAGACUGGAUUGGUACUGAAGCUUCGAGAGAUUGAGACAAAGGUUUUUUAGGAAGCGAAGGCAGCAAAACGUCGCUGCUAGGAAAAUCUGUGUUCGCUGGAGUAACGUCUUCGACAUCAGACAUAAUUUUGAGGGCGUAGGGACGGUCGUAAGACGCGAAUGAAUAUAGAUGAGAACAACUCGAAUAUAUAUAGCCUACCGCUAAUGAAGCAACAGAACAGCAUACCAUGUAACACCCCAAAGAAAAGGUUACAUAACCCAUGUUAAAUACAUUUCUCAAUUAAACGUCUCUUGUCUAUUAAACGCCCCCUCACGCUUUUUACUUUUUAUUAAACACACGUCUUUAAUUAACUCCCCCGUCUAGUAAUAGCCCCGCUUGAUAGUUGCCCCAAAAUACUAGGAAAUGGCGAAGUAGAGCAAAACCAUUCAAUUUUUCAGUUUCUUGUUUGAUUAACAAGAGCUUGCGCAUUGCAUCUUAUUCAACGUCGAGUUCUGACAUCGAAGUUGAGCUUUUAAAAAAAACGACAUGAUGGGCCUAAACGGCCUAGAUGUAUUGAUAGAUGGACUAUAGUCUACUAUAUAUAUAUACUGUGGAGAUACAUUCGCCAAUUGCAUGUUAACUUUGUGGAAUUUUUUUAUACAGUUAUGAGAACAAACGCCUCUCUUUUAAACUCCUUUCUAUUAAAUGCCCCCGCUUGGGCUCCUAAAAUCAGAAAGACGCCCCGGGUGUCUAUUAUAUCGUUAACGGUAGGUUAGUCUAGGGCAUUUGAUGAGCUUCGAUUGUAUGUAAACGGUUAAUUUCUAUCUUUCUGCAAAUUAGAGAUGUUUGUUGCAAGUUGAUGCCAGCCUGAUUAUCCCUGAUCAUAGGGACCUGCUGUUCAUACUUUACCACAUAAGUUUUCGUAUCGGCACGAAAAGCCAUCUCUUAUAGUGUAGGCAUAUCGCUGCAACCUUCGCCUUUUGGCUGGUAGCUUGGGAGAGAUUCGAAUACAAGUAAGCUUACACGAAACAUCUCUUUUUGUUUUUGUUUAAAGCAACAGGCUUCUUAAGCAUAAAUGAUGACGCACUUGUAUUCGCUCUCUCCCCCAGUGUAGUUCUAUAUUUCAAUUGUUACUUUAGUUAUCUCUUUCAAUGCUAUCAACUCCCUUAGGUUCAUUCCAGAAUCGGCUCGUUGGCUUUUAGUAAAAAACAAAUCAGAACAGGCCUGGAAAGAACUCGAAAAGGUUGCUGCUUUCAACAGGGAAGAAAUGCCAGAUGAGGAGCUUGAACAGAAAGAUGCUAACGAGGUACAGAGAACUGGAGACUUCCGAGAUCUCUUCAACUCCUUCAACAUGACGAAAAGAACUCUUAUCUCCUGUUUUUCAUGGUAGGCUCAUCAUGGAAUGUUAACUUAUUUGCCCGUUAGGUCUAAUCUGAUCCAUAUAUUCACUCUUUCCAAACAUUUUGAAUGUUCUUUCAUUAACAUUGAUUGAUCCGGUUUUAUAAGAAAAAGUCAUUUCGAGCUCACAAUAUAUUAAAAUCAGCCCUCUAGCAGAUUUAAAAGGAUGUCAGUUAUACAAAAUGUUUCGUCCGGUCAUUGAAAAAGGUCUGGGUUCAAAUCUAAGUCGGGAGUGUUGUCCUAUUACUCGUGAUGUCGUAGGUCGGAAACCCCAAAUGAAACCCAGCUGUGUCACACACCUCAUAGUAUAGUCGAGAAUAUUUGGUGUCCAUUCCCUUUUUUGUCCUAUGACUGCAGCUAUUUCUUGGGGAAAAACCCUCGGAAACCAGAGGGAAAAUUCUGCAUUUUUCUGCGCUGAGACACUAUCUGACGUGAAGUCAUGACGUAUGCUAGUCGCGCACGAUAGUCGUAUGCAAAAAUUGUACCGUCUCAAUCGGCCUUAAUCGGCCUAAAUCGUGUACUUAAUUCAUGUUUGCUGCAUUUUAUAUAAAUGGAUUACCCUGGCUUACAAUAAUACAAAAUACCCACCUCACUGUCUUUUAACAUUUUAUCUUUAUCUUUGUUAGGAUGGUCAUAUCACUGGUUUAUUACGCUGUUUCGUACAGCGCGGGAACGUUUGGUGGAAAUCGUUAUUUGGUGUUCUUCUUGACGAGCCUCAUAGAGAUUCCUUCUAACUGGACUUGCAUAGUACUCUGCAAGAAGUACGUAAUAGUUAGCAACAAACGUAGAUUAGCUAAAUAGAAGAAACAAGACCAACCGCAGCAAACUGGUCUACUACACAAACUAAUAAGCUAACUACUCCAAACUACAUAAAACCAUACCAGUUGCCCACAACCUACGCCAACUACUCCAAAAUACACCCGAAAGUAUACCAGCUCCAACAAUGCACACCAAACUACACCAAAUUCGAGCAAAUAGGCCCUCUACACAAACUACCAAACUACUCCAUUACACAAGCUGCAUGAACUGCUCGCAAAUAUUAUAUUUCAACAUACCAAAAAGCACCAACUACACCAAACUAUAUCAAACUACAGAAAAUAAGAAGGUCGUGUUGAUACAGAACGGGAGGUAUUAUAUAUAUUUUAAUCGUUUUUAUUAUUUUUAUUCAGGAUUGGCCGAAAGAAAACCACUGUGCUAGGCGUGGUUGUUUCCUGCAUUGCCUCCAUUGUUGCAGUUUUGUUCCAGCGUAACCUGAAAAACACAGGUAAACCAUGAAGAAAUUUCAUUAAGCUAAAUUAUUUAUUUGAUAAGGUGCGUUAUAUUUUCUGGGCAACUUGAAGUCUGAUAUGGACCCAGCUACGGUUUACUUUAUCUUCUCAAAUUCAUUAAUAAUUCAGAAAGAAAAUACAAAGGAUAUUAAUAUCUAAUGAGUGUUUGGAAAUCAGAUGAAAAACUGCUCAUUUUUGCAUCCUUAAUUUCUCCUACUAAGAUUAUAUUGUCUGAGAAGUAAUAUCGCGCAUGAGACACAGUGUUUCAUCACCAGAUGAAACACCUCGAAGUUCGUCAAAAAUACUCCGCUGCCCGUCGUAUUUUCUCCUUUCGGUGUUUGAAUUAUUGAACUCCAUUCACCCGAAUUCCAAAAAUUUACCCUUGAGACACGGGGUAGUUUCCCCCCGGGGGGGGGUACUCCCUCAUAUAAGCCAUAUAGGUAUGUGCCGCCCCAUCGGGUAGGGUUUUUGCGCCGUUUUGGUCUGAAAACGGGUAUAAACUUUGUCCAUUUUGGUCUGAUAUCGGGUUGGGUUUUCGAGGCAACUAAGGGAGUGUAUGAACAUUGUUAUCAUUUCAAUUCCAAGUGAGUGAGAAAGAAAGAGAAAUAUGCCAAUUCGAAAUGGAUUUGAAUAUUUUUUGUGUUUGUGCCCUAAUAAAUCUGAUAAUGAUAGCACAAUUUCCGCCUAAAUGCCAGAAAACGGGUAUGGAUCUUAGAGGUCUAGUCUGAAAACGGGUGUGGAUAGUUACAUAUUUUGGUCUGAAAUCGGGUCAGGAUUUGAAGAACCGGGCGGCACACCCCGACCAAGAAUUCCCAGGAGUACCCCGGGUAGUUUCCAAGCGCCUUAGUUGUAUAUUGCUGCCCAGAAAUUUUCGUAUCUUUAAAUCUUUUACAUGCGAUUAAAUAUUGUUUCCGGCCAUUCGUUCUGACUAUCUAUUUCUCUCGUUGCAGGAUUCCUAGUGGCAAAUAUCAUCAUGGCACAAGGAGUCGCCAAAUUCUUCAUCAACAUGUCAUUUAGUUCAAUCUACGUGUUCUCUAAUGAACUUUUCCCGACAGUUAUCAGGUAUUACCACAUUCAUUCGUAAAGCAACAAAGAUAGUACGCGCGCUCUGAUUGGCCGAGAGGCGUUUUUGCAGGAGAGUAUGUAAACAUGGUUGCGACGUCAAGGUAUUUUGCUUUUCGAGCGCUAAUCACGCGAGCACGAAUUUGAAAAAAAAAACUGAGUUGAAAACUCGACAAGUUUACUUUAUUAUUUUACCCAUUCCCCUCGUCGGCUGAAACUUGGAAAAACUUUACAAACAUGCCGUGUCAAUAUUUUUUCGCUUAAGCUGACAUUAAUAUAAGCGAGAAAAAUCGUUAUUUUGGAAGGCAUCUUUUUUGCAAAACAAGAGCUGAUUACGCGUGCAAAACUUCGUGUACAAGACUGCGACUGGUAAGAAUUUCUCUUUUAAUCAGCGCCAUAAUAAAGUGUUUUGAGUUUUUCUCGGGAAAGUUAAUUCAUAAAAGCAAUAGAAACCUUUUUUCCUGUAUUUGCAUAGCCUGAUAUAGACACUUCGUCUCGGGUUGACGUAACUGUUUCGAAUUCUCCCACGAAAUAUCAGUGGCAUAGAGAGCCUGUCCAACGUUAUUUUUAGGCCAAAAACAUGGACACAGGGUCUCCCAUGAGUUCCCAACUAUUGGCAGGUAUUCCCAUAUCCUCGUCCUUAGUCAUUUCAGUUUCAGACGAAACGGUGGCCUCGGUUAAAUGAUAUAGUUACAGGCCAGGGGAUCUUGCCCGCCAGUGGAUUCAGAAGUAACCUUUACUGUCAUUCAGUCCAAAUUUUUUCUCUGUUCCUAAUUGGCUCAAAUCCAAGGGCUAAUUUUUUAUAACCAGCUGCGUUAGAGCGUUUUCGGACCCCCCCCGUCCCCACUUCCUCACCGAUUUGGAUUGUGUCUAGGCCUAUUAUUGAUGAAAAAAUGCAUACGCGUUAUUGACUAAGGUGGAGGUCAAGAUAGCGGAAUAUUGGUCAAGUUUUUUUUGGCAUUUCUUCUGGACCGAGAUGAAGUCAAAGUAAAAGCGCAAAAAAGUAUGAGGCCUAGGUCCAACCCAGGGGCUCCCUUCUUCAAAAAAGGAUUGAUUUUGUUCUUGCCUGCUUGAGGUUUCAGCCAUAUGUAACAAAGAAUUAUUUUCAUAUAUUUUCAAGGAACAUCGGUAUGGGAGUAUCAUCUGCUUCAGCACGAAUUGGAUCAAUGUCAGCACCGUACAUCGUUUGGCUGGUACGUUAUUGUGUUGUUAUUGUACACUGAAGUUGUCAGCCUUUCUUAGAUUUUCAUUACAUUUAAGAUUUCUAAUAUUUUGAUACAUUUUUCCAGGUUCGUUUUCAUGUUCUCCUGCCAUACUCCAUUGUGGCAGUUCUUGCUUUCUUGUGUUCCGUCCUGUGCUUUCUGUUACCAGAGACCAGAGACGCCGCAACGUUGGAGAACAUCGAUUCCGUCAACAGCAGCGCCAUAGAAAUGAGAGAGAAGGAACCAGUUUCUCCUGAACCAAACGAGGAGAAAGAAGAAUUAGGAGAACUGUUGCUCAAGGGGGACCAACCUGCUUAAACUACAUUGGUAAAAAGAAACAUACCUGGGGAGUAGAGAGAGAGAAAAGGUUGAGCCGUUUGCUCAUGCUGAAACCUUAAGGGCUUAAGGUGCCUUUAAAAAUGCAUGUGAUACCUUUGUAAUAUUUUAAAUCAUUUCAUGACAGUUAGAUUUGGCAGGUUUUGCAAGAGAGGGUAACCUAUCUGGUGUCAGUAAAACGCGGGGUCGGAGUUGGAGUCGGGAGUUAGGGUUAGGGUUGACACUUACCCUAACCCUAACCCUAACCCUAGCCCUAACCAAAACCCAAACCCUUAUCUUGGUUUCUUUGAAGGACAUCCGACCCCGGAGAGUGGGAAUACUCUCGAGUUCAAUUUUGGACAUAGGGUUGCUGUUGAGGCUUUGAAACCUUGACCUCGCUUAGAACAAAGUAAUAACCAAAUAUACACCCAGCGUAGCUAAAGGUAGAUUUAUUUUCAGCUUAGGCGUAUUGCCGUUGCAUUGCCUGUUAGAAUUGUUUAUUAUUUUUUUUAGCUUAAUAACACCAAAAAUAUCCAGCGGGAGAAUGGUAAGGCUAUACGAGUAGGUUCCAAAUAAAUCCAACCAAAGUUUAUACUUAGUUUUGUUUAUGUUUAUGCUUCUGUUAAUGCUCAUAAAGAGGGCAGCCUUUCAUAAUGGUGAAGUCACAGUUCAAUAAAGAGUGAAUAAAGAUCCUCGUGUCAUCAGACUUUACGUACCUAGCCUCUUCAAGUUUCAUAGGUGUGUCUUGGAUAUCAGUUCUUAGUGUCAGACCAAAAGAGUCACAACGAGUCUGCUACCCCUUUUCACC